GCGGGACCGGAUCCCCGGCGGGGAGGGCGCCCACCGACUGCGCGCCCUUAUGUUCCCUGCGCAGGACGCUCUGCCCCGCGGCGGGCUCAACCUGAAGGAGGAGCCGCUGCUGCCCGCCGGUCUGGGCUCGGUGCGCUCCUGGAUGCAGGGAGCGGGCAUCCUAGACGCCAGCACCGCGGCGCAGAGUGGCGUGGGCCUGGCACGAGCACAUUUUGAGAAGCAGCCCCCCUCCAACCUCAGGAAAUCCAACUUCUUCCACUUUGUGCUGGCCAUGUACGACCGGCAGGGGCAGCCCGUGGAGGUGGAGCGCACAGCCUUCAUCGACUUUGUGGAAAAGGACCGAGAGCCUGGGGCUGAAAAGACGAACAACGGGAUCCAUUACCGCCUCCGCUUGGUGUAUAAUAAUGGUCUUCGGACGGAGCAGGACCUCUACGUGCGGCUCAUUGACUCCAUGUCCAAGCAGGCUAUCAUUUAUGAGGGGCAGGACAAGAACCCCGAAAUGUGCCGAGUGCUGCUCACCCACGAGAUCAUGUGCAGCCGGUGCUGUGACCGGAAGAGCUGUGGCAACCGGAACGAGACGCCCUCAGACCCAGUCAUUAUUGACAGGUUCUUCCUCAAGUUCUUCCUCAAAUGCAACCAGAACUGCCUAAAGAAUGCGGGGAAUCCCCGGGACAUGCGCCGCUUCCAGGUGGUGGUGUCCACGACGGUGAGCGUGGACGGACACGUGCUGGCCGUGUCAGACAACAUGUUUGUGCACAACAACUCCAAGCACGGCCGCAGGGCGCGCCGCCUGGACCCCUCCGAAGCUGCCACCCCCUGCAUUAAGGCCAUCAGCCCCGGGGAGGGCUGGACCACAGGCGGCGCCACCGUCAUUGUCAUCGGCGACAACUUCUUCGACGGGUUGCAGGUCGUGUUUGGGAACGUGCUUGUGUGGAGCGAGCUCAUCACGCCCCACGCCAUACGGGUGCAGACGCCCCCGCGGCACAUUCCCGGGGUGGUAGAGGUGACCCUCUCCUACAAGUCCAAGCAAUUUUGCAAAGGAGCCCCGGGCCGCUUUGUCUACACAGCCCUGAAUGAGCCCACCAUUGACUAUGGAUUCCAGAGACUACAGAAAGUCAUUCCCAGACACCCCGGAGAUCCUGAGCGGCUGCCCAAGGAAGUGCUGUUGAAGCGGGCGGCCGACUUAGCCGAAGCUCUGUACGGAGUGCCCAGCAGUAACCAGGAGCUCCUCCUGAAGCGCGCGGCGGACGUGGCCGAGGCUCUGUACAGCGCCCCCCGCGCGCCCGCGCCGCUCGGACCCCUGACCCCAAGCCACCCGCACCCCGCCGUCAUGGGCAUCAACGCCUUCAGCAGCCCACUGGCCAUCGCCGUCGGGGACGCCACGCCGGGGCCGGAGUCGGGCUAUGCGCGCAGCUGCAGCAGCGCGUCCCCCCGCGGGUUCGCGCCCAGCCCCGGCUCGCAGCAGAGCAGCUACGGCAGCGGCCUCGGAGCUGGCCUCGGCGGCUACGGGGCACCAGGCGUGGCCGGCCUCGGCGUGCCCGGGUCCCCUAGUUUCCUCAAUGGCUCCACGGCCACCUCACCCUUUGCCAUCAUGCCCUCUAGUCCCCCGCUGGCCGCUGCCUCCUCCAUGUCCCUCCCGGCCACUGCCCCCACCACCAGCGUCUUCUCCUUCUCGCCUGUCAACAUGAUCUCCGCUGUCAAACAGAGGAGCGCCUUUGCCCCCGUGCUGCGCCCGCCCAGCUCUCCACCUCAGGCCUGCCCCAGAGCUCAUGGAGAGGGGCUUCCAGACCAGCCUUUUGAGGAUUCUGACAAGUUCCACUCUCCAGCACGGGGGCUUCAGAGCCUGGCAUACUCCUAAUUGCGGUCUGCAGGUGUUGCCCCUGCUGAGACCAGACUGGAGGUCCCUCCAGGAUUCACACCCACACCCUGGAUGGCAGCACAGACAGAUGCAGGGCCAGCGCUGCAAGCAGACCUCAACCCAUGGGCCUGAACGAGGAGAGGCCUUCCUCCCCGUGCUCAAGGCCCCCAAGUCCCACAGGCUUCUCUCACCUCCCUUUCUUGGGGCUGGUCGGAAGCCCAGCACUGUGCUGAUGCUCUUGGCACGAGAGCAUCCUGGGGAGGUGCUGCGAUGCCGGGCCUCACUCGCUAGGUCGGUUCCUCUGGAGGAGAAGCACCUUGUGCAGACCAAGGGCAUUGGGUGACGGGAGCACGGGAUGGGGACUGUGGGAGAGGACAGCUCAGGGAGAGGCGGCCCGGGAAGGUCCUGCUUGCAUCUGGCCCAUCUCAACCAGCCCUGUAUCCCAACUCAUCUCCAGGGCAAGGGGUGGUGCCCAGCAGCCUCAGGAGGCCUGCCCAGGCUCCCAUGGAGCUUCCAACGGCCGCUUGACCCCGUGGCUGCCCCACUCCUUUUGAGACCUGCACACUCACACUUGCCACAUCAUGAGUUCCAGUGGGGGCUUUGGACAUGGAGGGUGCAGAAGAGGGGGUGCCAGGCCCCUGAAUUUUGGGUCUUCCCCAUAAUGGAUGUCUCAUGGACUCUGGCUCCCACCCACACAUGACUCUGGCUGGCCCCAUAGAACCAUGGAAUGGAUUCAGCUGCCCCUGACCUCACACUCCACUCUGCUGAGGUUGGAGAAAACAGAACAAUAAACACAGAUGCAGGUGGCCACCCAGCCUCUCUUGUCUGCUUUCUUGGCGUG